UACGACUUACUCAAGAAAAAAUCCAUGUAAACAAACUAAUUUUCAUCAAAGAUUGAAAAGAAUGUCUAUAUAAAACCGGCAGACAAAAUGACUGAGGCAACAUUUGAGGAGUUUUCAAUAGACAUUGAUGAAUCAAGGGCAGGGCGUGGAGGACCUCCUGUCAAUCUCUUUAAUGUGGACAUGAAGUACCAGUCAAUUGACUUUACACCAGAGACAUCUAGUGGUGAACAGGAUGUCAAAGCAGUGGAAGAUAACUCUGUAAGAGCCUCAACUCCCCCUCCCCCACCUUUGGAUAUCUUUGGUUUUGAUAUGAAAUACACUGAGGAUCCCUUGGAAGAUCAGAAUGAUUCCUCAGGAAAUAAUGGCUCGAUGGGGAGUGUGGGUCCGAGCCUUACAAGCAUUAAUUUUGGAAAUUUGUCAAGAAUGGAGUCUACUGAAAAUAAACCAAGUUCAGUUUCCUCAAAUGAAGCAAAGGGAACUGCUCAACAGAAUCUAGAGAAGAAGCCUGAAGCUACCCAGAAUGCACAACAGUCUGUUCUUAUGAAGAAUGUGCUUCAAAAAAUAAAGACUUCGCAGUCAAGUAGUGGUGAAACAGUGAAGAUAGAGCAACAAACAACGGAAGUAAAAAUAACAAAAACAGAAGGGGGACAGAAAAUAACAGAGAAAAGCAGUGCCUUGACAAUUGAAAACAACUCAAGAACAAAGAGUUGUGAGGAUUCAGAUGAUGAAUUCGAUUUUGAUGUACCUACAAGUAAAAACACACCGCAGAAUCUCACUGCUCAAACCGAUAUCCCAAAUACAAAAGAUUCUAGCUUACCAUUCCCUGCAUUAAAAUCUCAGACUGCUACAGAAUCUGUAAGUCCAUCUACAAAUGUAGAAAAUCAACCAACUGUGAAAGUUGUGUCUGGUACAGAUGUCCCAAUUGGUCCAGGAGGAAAUGUUCCUGGGGAGAAUUUGGCCAAUCAAGGAAUAUCUCAUGUGACAGCAGACAAACAGAAAAUAACCUCGCAGGGUCAGACCGUUAGUGAAAUAGGGAAUUCUGUAUUGAAACAGGUUUGUGAGAAUGGGGCAAUAUCUGAAACAUUCCAUGUGAACAAUCGUGCUGAGGACGAGUGGGACAAGGUGCAGACCAUUGAAGCAGGGUUUGUGGAUGAGAAUGAUACCAGAAAGAAAGAGAGUGUCGUGACCAAUGCUCCAAUGCUGUCUUUCUUUGAGAUGUUGGAACACUUUGUCUCCGAGGAUUUCUCAGGAGUAAAGGACAAAAUUCGGACAACAGUAGAACGCCAUGGUUUUUCUGCACUGAAAUACUUCCUCUUUGGUCCUCCAAAACUACAUAAAAAUCUACACGAGGAAAGAGAUAGGAUAUUUUGUAUAGCUGCAUCGGUGCUAGAGAAUUCUAACCAGAUCCAUAUCAGAUCUCUACAGACAAUUUAUCGCAGUCUUACAGGGUCAAGGUUUGACUGUCCUCGCUUUGGAAACCACUGGGAGGAAAUAGGAUUUCAGGGCAGGGAUCCAUCAACAGAUCUGAGAGGUGUAGGAUUAUUGGGACUGUUACAUUUGAUUUACCUGUUGCGUGAUGCCAAGCGACAAGUGCUGGCCAGUGAAAUUUACAAGCUUUCCCUUCACCCCACUCAGAACUUCCCAUUCUGUGUAAUGUCCAUUAAUCUGUCCAGAAUCGCCCUCCAGGCUCUCAGAGAAGGUUGUCUCAACAAAGAGUGCAAUAAACAGAAGGAGGUCCUUCCUGUGGUGUGUGAUUUUUACACUGGUCUAUAUCUCCAGAUGUACCAGGUGUGGAAAUCCCAGGGAAAAACCAUCUCUGACUCGGGCUUUGUUUUGCAGCAUAUUGAAAAUCAUGCGAAGAGGAAUCCCCAUGCAGUAAUGAAAAACCUAGAGGAGUACCUAGCUAAGAAGAAAUCGGCAGCCAACCUUGAUAACGUGAAUCUUGGAGAGGAGCAGUUCACAAGUGUUGUUGAUUCUGAAACAGCAGGACACUAUUAAAAAUUUAACAAGUUUUUUAAUUAAAGAAUCAUCUAAUUACAGGGUUUUUAACAUCUUGGCAAAUUAAAAGUCCUAUAAAAAUGUUUUUGUAAUU